AAAAAAAAAAAAAAUUCAGGUGUGAUCCAAGGGGCUCAAUACUUGGGAAAUUCCAGUGAUUUAAUCUCCCUCUCAGGAACCACGGAUGAAGGCCAAAUUGUUUAUCAUAUACCAGAAGUUUCUGAGCGUUGAAAAGGAAAGCUUUAGGGAACCAUAAACAGGAAACAGCCACAGCCUCCCACAAGCUCCCACACACACUCAUAGGAUCCUCACAGGCCUCCAAGGACUCCCUCACCAUCAUGAUCACCCUCCUGUUUACUCUCCUCUGCCCAACAUCACGCACAAUCUCACACAGGACUCCUGCAUGCCACACAUACUUGCUGCUCCAAGGGUCUCUCUCCCUGUGUUCAUCUCUAUUCAUCCUUCAUAGCCUCCUGUGUGGCAACACUCCUCAGCACAUUGAUUUUCUUGCCAAGAGGUAAAAUGGGGCAGAAGUUAACAAAGGUGAGAGGCAUAGCAGGGAUCAGCACAUGGGUCUCAGGAGAGUGUGAAUUCAUGUCAACAUCCAGGUCCAAGUAUGAACCUGAGGUUGUACAUAUACCAAAUAGAUGUGCCUUUGUGGUGAUUUCUAUGUCCCUGUGUGACACAUGUCCCUAGUGUGUAUUACUAGGCCGUCUCUGUGCAUGCCUGGGUCUUGUGUGUGCACCUGUGUGAUGGAGAUGAGCCUGUGCCCCAGGUGUUCCUUUACAGGUCAGUGCCUUUGGGUAUUCUUGGAGUCCUGGAGCCUUUGGGUAUUCUUCUCACUAUAGAUUCAGUGUCAUCUAGCCUAGGUUUCCUAGAGGAAGAAGAUAGUGCCUGUGGGUGGGAAAGAAAGCAAAACUAAAGCUACGCACUGAACACAGACAUCCUAAUUCCAGUUAGGGCAGUGGUCUUCCUACUUUAGAGUCCCUAAACCUAAUGCCCACCCUCCAGCUCUCAGUGACGCCAAUGACUUUGAGGACUCAGCUUCCUAGUGAACAAACACCCAAUUCCUAGAAAGAUUUUUGGUGCCUUCUGCAGAUUAACUUUGUCCUGUGGGUCAGGUUAGAGAGUGUACAGGGUCCUCUCCUUCCAAUUACUUCCACCAUCAUCCAGGUCUCCAUUCACCAUUUCAUUCCCUUCUCCUUGCCCAGUCCCUCCCACAAGAAAGCCCCUAAAACAAGUUCCCAAAUGUGGUCUUUGCCUUCUGCCUCUUACACCAAGGCCUUCCAGGAAGCUGAGUUCCAGGGAUCCAUUGUCCCUGAGUCUAGAUUACUCACACUGAUGGUCCACCAGCUCUGCGUACCCCCAGACCAGCCCUGGGUAGACCAAAUCAUCUGGACACUGAAGAAGACAUCUGCUAAGGCAACCCUGGUCCUCCCUCCUCCCUCUGAGCCCUGAAAAGUCCAGCCCAUGACCCUGCAUCUCCUUCUUCCCCCAGAGCAAGCACCAUAGCAGUUAGCUAUGACAGCACCACAGGGAGCCCUGUGUCUGAGUGAGGGGAUGUGAGUCUCCCCAGCCUAGGGAACAAAGGACCAGAAGGGAAAGUCAGGUCUCCAGCUCCUCAACACCAUACCUGACCCAGCCAGGACGGGGCCUGGAACAUCAAUGUGAGUGUGAGUGUGAGCAAGAGGGUGAGUGUGUGAGGGCACAGCUUCUCCACACCCAGACUGCAAUGCUUCUAACAAAGCUUUGGCACCCGUGGAUCAAUAAAGCCACUGGCACCCAUGAAUUUAUCUGCUGUCUGUGGCUCAGGCAGGGGAAGGCAGGUAUGACAGAGAGAAACAGGGUGGGCUGAGGGAGAGGACAGGGAUUUCCAUUCCUCACAUUUCAACCUGAGGUAACUUUAACCUCACUCAUUUCUAUGGUCUCGCCCAUGCAGUCAGCCCAGCCACGAGGCUUUCUUCUCCCCUCUCCAGACUAAGUAAGUAUGGCUCAGUCUUGGGCCUUGGCUAGGAUGUCAGAGGCCAGGAGCAGCUAUUUCAAACCUCCCACAAUGUCAACUGCCCUUCUUGGCUCUCUUCUGUAGCACUUUCUACCCAGCCAUUCUGCUAUGUUUACUGUACUGAUAUCUAAUUGUUCUAUCUUGACCCUCAAACCCCCCUAGAUGGUAAGCUCUCUAAGGCCAGAGACUGUGCUUCUUUACUACUAUAUUCCUAUACCCAGCACAAUGCCUGGCACCUAGUAGACACUCAGUAAAUUUCUGUCAAUUGAAUGACUGCAGGUAAAAAAAAAAAAAAAAAUCGCAGGAAGAUAAGUCUCAGCUGAUAAGGACUAUGACCCUCAAGCCACUGAGUAUCUUGGCUAAGGCAACUGAGCCAAGCAUUUUCUUAGCCUGGCAUGGGUUCUCUCCAGGGGCCUAUUCCUCUCAGCACCCAGUCAUACGCAAGGUAUAGGGCAGGCAAGAGAGGUAAGUGGCAGAGCCAGAACCAGGAAGGGGAGGGGUGGUGACUGAAAAAUCAGUACUGGACAGGGUGGCGCCUGUGGCUCAAAGGAGUAGGGCCCCAUAUGCUGGAGGUGGCGGGUUCAAACCCAGCCCCGGCCAAAAACUGCAAAAAAAAACAACAAAAAAACAGUACUGGACAGAGUCUCAAUGCUCUCUUCUUGCUGCCUGGUGCUGAGACCUCCUGUUCCCAGGAUGUAACUCCAAAAUCUGACUCCAUCCCAAUACAAGAGUCCUGUGCCAGGUAUCUCCAAAAACCCUGACUCCGCCCCUUUACAGACAGCCCCUGGCUCCAUCUCCCAGAGUGCCAUUUUGACUCCGCCUUCGCUUGGAGAAAUGCCGACUCCACCCCUUCCGGGUGAUAGGCAAACCCCACCCCUAGAGCGCGACGACGUUCCUAUGACGUAAUGGUAACGGUCUGUUUCCGGGGUGGAGCCAGGGAGGGCGGGAGUUUAGGCUGCGCCGACCCCUCAGCCCCCCUCCAGGAGACGUUCGGAGCCCAGGACAUGUCGGGAUUGAGGAGAUACGAGGUGGCGCUGGAGGCGGAGGAGGAGAUCUACUGGGGCUGUUUCUACUUUUUCCCUUGGCUGCGCAUGUGGCGGAGGGAGCGGAGCUCGGCGCACCCCGGGGAGCAGAAGCUGGAGUCUCUGCGGGGCCUGAUGAGCUGUCUGUCGAGCGGCCUGGGUCCUGCUCCCCAGCGCUCGGGUCGUAGCCUCCCUAGCCGCACCCCCACCGCCGCUGCCCAGCCAGCUGGUGCAUUAAAGAUUUAAGCUGAA